AUGUACGUGUCGGCGGUGACUCGGGAUCGUACCAGUGUAUUGGACGCCAAUUUAAUGGCCCUGGGAGUGUUAAAUCCGAGGCCUCCGCUGCCUCAGUUCAGCUUAAUGAAAUACUUCUCGAAGCAAGUCACGCCUAUGGGCAAGCGAAGGUUUGCGCACGGUUACCUUCGCCAUCCUCUACGGAAUCCAUCAUUAGUGCGGAGCUACCACCGGAUUAUCGAUGCUUUAACUUCGGAUCGCAUGCUUUCUGCGCUCUGUAGCCAGAAGUUAAGUAGAUUACCAGAUCUGGAUAAGAUAACAGUGCGAUUAUGUUCGGCAAGGGUGGUCUCCCAGCAACGGCAAAUGCUCAGUCUUAUUGUCGCCGUCUACGAUGCCCUGGUGGAGCUUUGUGAAUUGCGAGCUCUCUUGAAGGACAUUAUGCCGGUUUUGUAUGACCAAGUAAGAGUAUGCCAGCCGCUAAUAAAGUUAAUUGAAACAGUCUUCGACGUCACGCAAGUUAAACUGAACGCCGGCAACGCACUAGACCAAGGCAUGAUUAUCAAAGCAGAGGUCAAGGAGCUGGCCGAAGUUUACAAGGAGAUGGCUGAAGCGCGAAAACGCGCUGACAAAGAGAUAGAUAGAAUCAAUGCCAAGUGCGACGGAAAGGUCAAAGUCAUUGCAGUGCAACCACAUGGACAGGUCUUUAGGAUACCCCGCACGGUUGAGCCCCCCAAUGGAUCCAUUCUAAUCCGCGUUAACAAGGCAGAAAAAAUAUUUACGACACAAAGAAUGCAAGAAUUUAACUCCUUCUCAAGCGCUGCUUCUGAACAAGUCUCCCACCACGAAGACGCCCUCAUUUCUAGAUCUCUGGGCGUCAUGGCCACUUACGUUGACUCUUUGAACAUUAUCGUGGAUCAAAUCGGCUUGCUUGAUAUUUUGAUCGGGAUUGCGAGUAUGUAUUCUCUGCUUAAUUCAGCAGCGACGACAGCGACAUCGGAACCUUGGAUCUUUCCGACACUGGUUGAGGAUAUGCCCGGGUGCCUUCGAGUUGGCGCUGGGCGCCAUCCGCUGCUUACUUUGAGAUCGGAAUUGAGCGCAUCAGCGGAGAAAAAGUGUGUGCCAAACGAUUUUAAUUCGGAAGCGCACUAUUUUGUCAUUACGGGACCGAAUAUGGGCGGCAAAAGCACGUUUAGUAAACAACAGGCACUCAUUGCGCUGAUGGCGGGGUACGGAUUGAAGGUUCCAUGCGAGUCCUGUACUCUUCAAUUGAUGGAUGUAUUUUGGGCGAGGAUAGGUGCGCAUGACAACCCGUGUCGGAAUAGCAGUACCUUCAUGGUGGAAACACAGGAGACAGCGACCAUGCUUGACGCUCUUGUGAAUUGUGAAAGCCGGAAGCGUAGCUUGACUGGAUUAGUUAUAUUAGAUGAGCUAGGUAGAGGAACAUCAGUCAAGGACGGCUUAAAGUUUGCGUCAGCGAUCAUAAAGUAUUUGACUACGCUGCCUGGCAUUACGUCUUUAUGCGCUACGCACUUCCACGAGCUGUCACUCAUUCCGAACACGAUGCCUCUCAAACUUGGUUCAUCCCGAGGGAACAACAAGUAUUUGGUUGAGGCGGGCGUUGAAAAAGACAGCGACGGCAUCGAGGCGGCACGAUUCUGUGGCUUUCCCUCCGAAAUUAUUGAAGAGGCUAAAGCAUUGCUGGCCCAAAGCUAG